AUGCAGCAGCAAUGGCAAACCGUGCAGUCUUAUAUUUCCUUUUUGUGGUGGAGAUAUUUCCAAAAGGUCUAACAGCUGUGAUACAAACACAGCAGACUGUGAUGGCAGCAGUAGGAGAAGAUGUCCAUCUCAGCUGUCAGCUCAAGCAGUCUAAAGAUGUUCUUCAGGUCACAUGGCAGAAACUUUCACCUAAUGGGAAGAAGAAGAAUCUUGCCACCUACAAUGAACACUUUGGGGAAACAGUGAAUGAUGGUUUUGUGGGGAAAGUGGAGUUUAAAGUUGCUGGACUGCAGAACUGCUCCAUAGUUAUCAGGAAGGUGAUGGAUCAGGAUGAAGGCUGCUAUCUCUGUUUGUUUAACACGUUUCCUGACGGUUCUCUGACAGGCAGAACCUGCCUCCAACUGUAUGAGCUGCAUGAACCCAUUCUACAAAUCAGAGAAUCAAACUCUACUGAAGAGACAGUUGUGUCCUGCUCGGCCACAGGUCGUCCUGCUCCCACAGUAACUCUGAAUGUCCCACAACAAGACCUCUACUUCUCUCACAACAGCACAGUCAGUGUCACCAACACCAACGGUACAGUCACCGUCACCACUACAGCUGUGCUGUCUGGUUUCUAUGGAAACGGUACACAAGUUGGAUGUGCAGCGCGACUACUCUCAGUCCCUGAAAUUCAGGUGUUCAUGACGAUUCCUGCAGUGAAACGAUCGUAUGCUGAUGGUGAAAAACACUUCCAUUUUUCAGGUUUUAAUGAGGAAUCUGGAUUCAACAAGAAUUUCACUUUGAUCAUUACAUUGAUCACGGCAGUGGCUGUUGUUUGUGUUGCUGUAGUCAUCACUGUCCUGCACAGACAUAAACAUAGACACAGUCUGUCACACAGGGAUGCUGAGAACAACAGGACGCCACAAAAACCAAUCAAAAACCCUCAUGAAUGCAAAACACCUUUAAUGAAGGAGGAGAACGAGCAGAUCAGGAGACGAACACCUCAGGAAAAAAAUCCACAAGAGGAGAAACCAGAACCAUCACAUCAGCACACUGCAGGAAGUCUAUUUAUCAAAACAAUCAAAGACCCUAAUGAGUGCAAAACACCUUCAAGGAAGCAGGAAAACCAGCAGAUCAGGCAACGAACAUCUGGGAAGAGAAAUCCAAAAGAGGAGAAACCAAACUUCUGCCUUCAAGACAUAGUUAAAGAUCUAUUUAGUGACAAACAAUAAUCCACAAGACUGUGGUUUCAAUACAAAGUCAGUCAGACUUGAACAAAGCUGCAUCAAAGCAUGUGUUGGUAAAAUGUUCAGACAUUGUAAAAGAAUCAAAAUGUGUCCUGAACAAGAUGAAUCUCUCAUCUUAUAUCUCCAGUUUGAAAAGAUUAAUGUACACAGAGAUUUUGAUGUUUUUGAACUAUUUAAAAUAUAUAUAUAUAUUUUCUUAUAACAUUUUAAGUUAAAUAAAUUAUUGAAUGUUACAUUUGACUCAGAGAGGAACUAUUUUAAAGUCUCUGACAUGUUGAAUACAACCAGUUUCUCCUCUUUCUUGUUGUUUGUUUGGACUUUAAACUAAAAGAAAACUUAUUGUUUUACACCAAUUUAUUGUUUCAUCCUUGCAUAUUUUUGCAAAAUGUAAAUAGCUUCUGGUUUUGUUCUUUGCACUAUUCACGGCUCCUUAUUUUCUCAUUUUUUUUAUUGUUUCUUCUUUCUAAUUUUUAUGUAAAAAUGAACAUGUAUUACUCUUGUGUUAAAUUGACAUGCAACAAAACAAAGAAACCAUCAGAAGGAAGCUCCAAUCUAGUAAUUUUCAAGACUGACAUUUAUUGAUAGAUCCUCAGAUACAUGUUAGACUUUGUGUGACAUGAAACAUUUUUCUCCUUCCUCUGUGAUUUUUGGAAAGUGUUGGUUAAAAUUGGUAUUACUGCUAAUGCUGCCACUGCUAUUAUGUCUUCUAAUGAUAACGAAGACAACAAUAAAGGAGCUAUCAAACCUUUA